CUGCACACACCAAAAAGAUGAAGAAGUACCUGCUCGGCACUUGGUGCUGAUUUCACAUAUGGAUUUGAAUGAGUAGCCGGUGUCUUCCUGUAUCAUUGUGUUUUUUUAAUAAGUUGUGAUAAUGGGAGGCAAGAAGAAGAAACAGUCAGUGGCUGUGGCGAGUGGCAGCACCGGGGGGACUGCAGCGGGGAGUAACGCAGCAGAAGACCCGAAGAAGAAGCAGCCCAAACCUGCCAAAGACAGCAAAUCUAAAGCUCCAAAGACCUACAGUCUUGCCAACACAACCCAAGUGGACACUGGUGGCGUCUCUGACAAAUCCAUCCUGAAAGUUUCUAUUCAGGCUGACCUGGAAAAGAAGAUAAUCAAGCUCAUCAAUGAUUUCAGGCAGGAAAAUGGGGACAAAGGCACUGUCUCAGGAAGACUCACAAACAAGAAACUGUUGGACUUGUACACUGCUCUGGAGAAGUUUAAGUUCAAAAGAGAACACAUUGAGGAGUCGAUGAAGAGCAGCGUGCUUUAUGGUGGUGAUCUCCACUCUGCUCUGGAUUGGCUAUGCCUGAACCUCAAUGAUGAGGAGCUUCCUGAAGGAUUCACCCAACAAAUGCAGGAAGAGAGUCAGAAGAGUCGACCCAAGUUUCAAAUCCCAGCAGAGCAGAAACCUCCCGCACACAAGCCGACACCCACCAUUCCCCCGACUAAAAUUAAGGUGUCAGCCAAGGAUGAAGCAGCGACUAUGAAAGACUGGAUCUUGCGAUACGCUGAGCAGAGUAGUGAUGAUGAUGAAGAGGAGGAGGAGGAGGAGGAGGAGGAAGGAGGGAAAACGUCAGAGCGCAAUCCAGAACUUGAUGAAAAAUUCGAUCCAAAUGACAGGUAUUUGAUUCUGACCGCUCAACUAUAUGACACUAAAGAAAUGGCGACGACAGCCAAAACAAAAGGAGACAAAUUGGGUCAAAGGACAGCGCAGGACCGAAUACGGGUCAUUCAGCAAGAAAUGAAGCAGCUGGAGUCCCACCCCGUGUUCAACCCAGCCAUAAAAGUAGUAGACGCACCUCAGAAGGAAAAGAAACCAACUCCUGUCAAAGAGGAUAAAGAAGAUCUGGGAUUCAACUUAUUCGAACAAGCUGAGAAACAGCCUCAAACAGAAAAAGUUACGAAAAAGAAUGAACCAAAGGACAUUCGCAACUUUGACUACACGGCUCGCAGCUGGACGGGAAAGUCUCCCAAACAGUUCCUCAUCGACUGGGUCAGAAAGAACUUGCCCAAGAGUCCUCCUCCUACCUUUAACAAGGUCGCUGCCGGGAGAUAUUGGAAAUGCAGAGUGAGAAUUCAGAAGCCAGAUGAUGUACUGGAGGUGUGUCCCACCAUACUGACAGAGGACAGCAUGCAGGCCCAGCAUCUGGGAGCAACCCUGGCACUUUACAGCCUCGUCAAGGGGCAGUCCGUGCACCAGCUGCUCCCACCGACCUACAGGGACGUCUGGCUCGAGUGGCGAGACAGUGAGCAGCAGAAGCAAGAAGAGACUCGCACUGCGGCAAACAAACCCAGAGACCAAUUCAUCUCCAAACUCCUUACCAGACUCAAACAACAGCAAAGUCAGGGAAGCAGUUCUGAGCCACAGGGGAAUGACUGUCAGGAUGAAGAGCCGGAGGAGUCCUGGGAGAGCCUGGCUACUCUUGAUAUCCGAGAGGGAGGAGAGUCUGAGGACAAGGGUGAGAAGAGAGGUGGAAGGAUGGGGAGAGAUGGAGCGCUGGAAGCAGCCAGAGAUCUUCUGUUGAAGUCGAAGAUGUCAAAUCUGGCCAAUAAGCUGCAGGCAGAGCGGGAGCAGCUUCCAGUCUUUCACCAUCGCCACCGUAUACUAGAGGCUCUGCGGCAGCACCGGGUGGUGGUGGUGGCGGGAGAGACAGGAAGUGGAAAGAGCACCCAGAUUCCUCAGUUCCUUCUGGAGGAGCUAUUGACAGCAAUUCAGCCGUGCAACAUAGUGGUGACCCAGCCCAGGAGAAUAUCCGCCAUGAGCCUGGCCAGCAGGGUCAGCCAGGAGCUGGGCUGUGAGGACGGACCAGGAUCUAAGUCGUCGCUGUGCGGCUACCAGAUCAGGAUGGAGAAUCAGUCCGGGGAGUGGACCCGCUUGCUGUACUGCACCACCGGAGUACUGCUGCGGAAACUGCAGCAAGACCGCCACCUCACUUCACUGACCCACAUCAUCGUGGACGAGGUACACGAGCGCAGCGUCCAGUCCGACUUCCUGCUGACCAUCCUCAAAGACGUCGUCCUGAGGCGGUCAGACCUGCGGCUGAUUCUAAUGAGCGCCACAGUGGACUGCAACAAGUUCUCCAACUACUUCAACUGCUGUCCAGUCAUCAACAUCCCUGGCAGGACGUUUCCUGUAGAGGUGUUUCACCUGGAAGACAUUGUGGAGCAGAUGGGAUACGUCCUGGAAAAGGAUUCGGAGUACAGCCAGAAGAUCUUGGAAGAAGAAGAGGAGGUCAGCAUUUCUGUCACCCAGAAAGGUGGAAAGACACUGCAGCACCAGGAUGUGAUCAUACGAGACUCUUCUGCUGGCUGGGAUCUUGGUCCUGACCUGGACCACUUCAGCAGCAGGACCCGUCAUGUUCUUCAGUACAUGAACCCCAAUAAGAUCAAUAUGGAGCUGCUGCUUGAUCUCGUCGACUAUUUAGAUAAAGCUCCACAGUUUUCUGCCUUGAAUGGUGCUGUUCUCGUCUUUCUGCCUGGUUUGGCUCACAUCCAGCAGCUCUAUGACCUUUUGACCUCAGACAAACGGUUCAGAGACACAAGCAGGUACAAGAUUGUUGCUCUCCACUCAACUCUUUCAUCCAAGGAUCAGGCUGAAGCGUUCACCGUGCCCCCUGCUGGAGUUAGGAAGAUUGUUUUGUCGACUAACAUUGCUGAAACUGGAGUGACCAUUCCUGACGUUGUGUUUGUCAUCGACACAGGGAAGACCAAGGAAAACAAGUACCACGAAAGCAGCCAAAUGAGCUCCCUGGUGGAAACCUUUGUGUCCAAGGCCAGCGCCCUCCAGAGGCAGGGUAGAGCAGGACGGGUCCGCAAUGGUUUCUGCUUCAGACUCUACCCGAAAUUUAGGUUUGAUGCCUUCAUGGACUACUCUAUUCCAGAAAUUCUUCGUGUCCCGCUGGAGGAGCUAUGUCUUCAUAUUAUGAAAUGUCAGUACGGAUCUCCUGAAGACUUCCUGAGUCGCGCCCUAGAUGCUCCUCAACCUCAGUCUGUGAGCAAUGCCGUCAACCUGCUGAGAAAAAUUGGUGCCUGUCAGCCCAGCCAUCAUGCCCUGACGCCGCUGGGCCACCACCUGGCCUGUUUGCCCGUCAACGUGAAGAUAGGCAAGAUGCUCAUCUACGGAGCGAUCCUCGGCUGCCUGGAACCAAUCGCAACAAUCGCCGCUGCCAUCACUGAGAAGUCCCCUUUCUCUACACCAAUGAACCGAAGAGAAGAAGCUAACCUGGCAAAAGCUGCGCUUGCUGUGUCUAACUCUGACCACCUGACCAUUUACAAUGCCUAUGUGGGGUGGAGGAACUCGAAGAAGGAGGGACAAAAAGCUGAGCUGUCCUACUGUCGAAAACAUUUCCUGAGUCGCACUGCUCUCAUGACAAUAGAGGACGUCAAGCACGACUUGAUGAAGAUGAUGGAGCAGGUGGGUUUCUUCUCCUCACGCUCCAACUGGAAGACGCAAACGGGCGCUUUGUCCAAGCCGCUCACCGCCGUCCUGAACGCCGCGCUGACUGCUGGACUGUACGACAGCGUGGCGCGGGUCUUGUGCGCCAACUCCGUGGACGUACUGGAGAAACUGGUCUGCACCGUGGAGACGCCACAAGGCAAAGCACAAGUCCAUCCAUCCUCUGUGAACCGCAACCUGCAGACGCAUGGCUGGCUGCUCUACCAGGAGAAAGUGAAGUACACAAAGAUCUACCUGAGGGACACCACCCUCAUCUCACCCUUUCCUAUGAUGCUGUUUGGAGGUGACAUCGAUAUCCAACACAGAGAGAGGCUCAUCACUCUGGACGGAUGGAUGCACUUCCAGGCUCCGGUGAGGAUCGGAGUGAUCUUCAAACACCUGAGGAAGCUGAUCGACUCCCUGCUGGAGAAGAAGCUGGAGAAUCCUCGCAUGAAUGUCGAAGAUGAGAAAACGAUUCAAACCAUCCUGGAGCUGAUCAAGUCGGAACAUGGCGUGUGACCAACUACAAGUCAGCCUUGACUUUGCCUGAAUGUUUCUCAGCCACAUCAAAGUGCUUCCUGUCUCUCUGGUUCCUCUCAGAGAGCACACUAAGUCAGACAGCUGUAAUAUCUUCCCCCAUGUUUACAUUCAUGAGCAAAAGUUAAAAGAAAAAACAAUGAACAAAUGACAAUAAAACUUUACAUUUUUAAUGACUUAAUCCAGUGUUGGUCGAGUGAAUUGACCGCGCUCUGCACUCAGGACAAAAUGCACACAACUGUUUAUGGAAAAAUAUGAUGCCAAGUCAUAUUUGCAUUGCACAUUUAGUAGAUUUAAUCUUGGCAAGUUAUCAGAUUGGUUCGGACGUGGUAUUAUUAUUGAAACAAGUGGACGUUUUGGCAGCAUGAUGCACAUGUUGUCCUUAGUGACUCAAUGAGGAUGGACUAUUUUA